GCGUGCACUGUCUUGUUUCAUUAAACCAGCACGUUUUACGCUUCCUUGUUUGUUCCAAAGAGAUGUCGUUUGUAGGGAAAGCAGUUCAUUACUCUGUUGAUCUCCUGUUGGUGUCCACUAUCUUGGCAGGUGUGAAGAGAAACACCGGACUGGCACCAAAGAAGGACCUGUUCGGUCCUCAGCCACAGGAGUACUUUGACAAGUACCUUGGGGCCGGUGAAUACAUCUACGAUACCAGCGUAGGUUUCAUGAACGCGUCCGCUUACUUUGAGAGAAAAUGACUUUUAAUUCUAUCAACAUUCCUAGUUUCUCCCCUG